UCCAUAGCUUCGCCUCCCGGACAUCAACGCUUCAUGACUCACAAAGUCUCGCGUGAUUAGAGCGUAGCAAAGCUAGCAUCGUGAGCUAACGGUGUCUCUCGAUCGUUAGAGCUCGAUGCCGCCAAAGCUUACAUUUAGCACAGUGGAAACACACACAGAAGCAUCCACAUAUAUAUCUGAUGGCGCCUGUCGUGGCAGUCCGAGCGCCGACCCUCCUCUAAAGGCGCAGUGCGUCUGUCUUUGGUGGCCUAGCGUUAGGUGGUAACGGCUCCGCUGCUAACAAGCUAGGCUGCUAACAUCCGCUAACACCCGUAACGUUACAGUGAAACCAGGGAGGUGAACCAGGAAGGAGGGACAGACGAGCAGCCUGGCCUCUACGCUUAGCUACUCCAACGCUACUCCUGCAAACAUUUAGUCACAAAUACGAGCCUUGUCCAGUCUUGUGAAAACGUGGAAACAGGAAAAGAAUCAUUAGACUGGUCUAAGUGCAAAGAUGUCAAAGGCUCCGGAUUCCCCAGCUCGGUCCCGCUCCAGAUCGAGGUCCAAAUCCCGAUCCUACUCCAGGUCUCACUCUAGGAGCCGCUCCCGCUCAAGAUCAAGAAAGCGUCGCUAUAGCUCCAGGUCUCGUUCCCGCUCUCGCUCUCACUCUCCGUCCUACAGAAACUAUCCUUCCAGGGACUAUCAGAACAACAGAGGAGGGUUCCGAGGCUACAACCGAGGCUACCGGAGGCCCUACCACUACCGCGCCAGAAACCGAGGCUAUUACCCACGCAGCCAUUACCAGAACAGGGGGGAGGCGGGCGGCGGCUACGGCUAUAAGUCCAACUGGCAGGGCGGCGGCGGUGGCGGAGGAGGCGGCGGCGGUGGUGGUGGUGGCGGUGGAGGCUGGCACGAUCGCCACCACGACCAGGACCACCACGCGCACAGCCCCAGGAGGGGCCGCUCACGCUCCCGCACACCCAAGAAGCGCUCAGGCAGCAGGAGCCGCUCCCACUACUCAGACCGCUCGUCCUCUCGGGGAUCUCGACGCUCCAAGCACUCCAGCUACUCCUCGCGGUCCCGAUCCUCAUCGCCUCAUCAUCGUAGCGGCAAGGGUAAGCCCGGCUCCAAGGAUGCUAAGGACAAGUUAGAAGGUCAAGCAGAGAAAUCAGGUCUGGCAGCAGAUGGCAGUGCCAUCGAGAAGGCAUCUGGAGGUAAAUGGAUUGACUAUGACACCAGUCCAAAACGAAUCAGCCCAGACUCUAAAAAAGAGGGUGGCUCCACUAGUUCUGACAGCAAAGGGCCCGGGAGUGGAGGUCCUAUGUGGAAAACCAUCGGCACUGUGUCCCCUCCAGCAAAGAGCCCCACGAAAUCCGGACAAACUGCCUCCUUCAGCGGCUUUGGGUUCUUCUCAAAGGAAGAGGCCAAAUGUGAAGAUAAGAGUGUGAUCUCUGCUGCAUUCAAAAAGUUCUUGGCUGAGAACAAAAACAAAAAGCAGGCUGCUGAAAAGGAGAACGGUCGUGAUAAAGAACAGAGCACCACAGACAGAGAGCUAGAGAAAGCAAGCAAGUCUGGAGACUUGUUCAACAUCUCGUCCGCUUCUUUAAGCGACUCCAAGGAAGACAAGACCCUGCCCUUCUUUGACGCUGGAGAGGAGGAGUUCCUCAAGUCUCACGGGCUGAAAGAGAGGGACAUUGAUGAAGACGGGGAGGUCAAAACCACCCUCACCGCUCGGGACAUUUUCGGGAAAUGGGGGGACGAGCCGAGCUACUCAACGUCCUACCCGUCGGUUAAAGAGAAAAGCCGCAGAGAUGCCGAAGAGGCAGAGCCCCUUGACCACAUGGAGGAGGAGUUCUACCGAAGCCGCAAGCACAGCUCCAAGAAAGAGGAGAAGUCCAAGAAGAAGGAGAAGAAAGACAAGGAGAAGUCCAGAAGGAGUCCGUCCCCUCCAGCGACCUCCAGAGAGAAGGAGCGCCCGCUGUUUCCCGGUGCUUUCCCUCGUCGUGAGGAGUCACCUGUACGACACAUGUCCGCGUCAAGGGACGACUUUGAACACAAAAUCGGUUCUCUAGAUGAAAUGCCCAGCUCCUCCCUGUCUAAAGAGCGCCUCAUGCCCCGAGAGCUGCUGAAUCCCACUAAGAAAGAUCCGGAGUUUCGUUCCAUUUUCCAGCACGUUCAGUCGUCCCAGCUCCGUCGCAGCCCCUCUGAGCUGUUUGCUCAGCACAUAGUCUCAAUCGUGCACUACAUCAAAGCGCAACACUUCCAAUCCUCAGACAUGACUUUAAGUGAGCGGUUUGCCAUGUACCAAAGAAAAGCUGCAGAGGUAGAAAUGAUGAAGCCAAGGAAGAGCCCAGAAAUCCACAGGAGAAUCGAUGUUUCCCCCAGUGCUUUUAAGAGGCACUCUCACCUGUUUGAGGAUAUGGAGGAGACCAGCUACAAGGAUCCAAGUAAAAAGUUCAAAGGCGACGUGAUGGACCUUCGCCUGGAUAUUGAAAGGCGUAAGAGGUUCGCUGGGAAGGAGUCCAAGCGUGAAGGAGGCAGGAGCCCCGGAGGCUCCCGAGGAGCGAGCAGAGAGAAGUCCUCUGAGAAAUCUGGGAAACACCACAAGAAAUCCAAGAAGGGUAAGAAGAAGCGGGAUCGCUCUCCGUCCUCCUCUUCCUCCUCAUCCUCUCCAUCCCCCUACCCUCCACCUUACAGAGGUAAAGAGUUCAUGGGAGGAGAGGGGAUGGAGCAAUCAGAGGAGGGCUACAAUCAGAUGCGAUACCCUCCACGUGACUACAGCGGGUCCGGAGACAGGGGCCACUAUGAGGGCCACAACGCAGAGCGAGGCAGAGGCCGUGGAUUUUUCCCCAGAGUCAGAGGGAGAGGGUGGAGCAGGGGAAAUUUUCCGGGCAACAACAGCAAUGGAAACCCUGCAAAUGUAAAUCCUGCAGUGCGUCCUCCAGAGGAGGAGUGGGACCCUGAAUACACUCCCAAGAGCAGGAAGUAUUACCUGCAUGAUGAUCGUGACGGAGAGAAAACCUGGGUAGACACCCGCGGAAGAGGCCGUGGUUCCUUCCCGCCUCGCCGGGGACGCUUCGUCUACCGCAAGGGGGGCAGCAGCCCGAAGUGGACCCACGACAUGUUCCAGGGAGGACAGGAGGGGGAGCUGGGAGACGACACCGCAGAAGUAGAGCGCAAAGACACCAAGGGCGCCGGAGACACCUCCGCCCAGAAGCAGUAGAGAAGCUCGCUCCAUCAUCUUCUACAAAUACGGUUACGCCGAUGAUGAAGGGGUUGUUCUCUCUAUUUUCCCCUCCAGGUCAUCUUGUCAUUUAUAGUAAAAAAAAACAAAAAAAAACGUGUUCAGUGAGUUUGAGCCUUCUCACGGUUUAGGUGAAGAAAGAACUGACUGGAAUGAGGAGCAGCACUCUGUUACGUUUUCUAUGUGAGCUUCAUUUCAGAGUGUGUGUUUUUUUUUAUUUUUAUGUAAAGGUGAUUGUUUUUGUUUUGUUUGCAGCCGGUUGACUCAAUUGUAUCGUUUUAAGGGAGAAAAUACUGAGGCAACAACGAUGGAUAUUCUUUAAAAAUAUGACAAAAGAAAAGCAUUUGUGCCUUAGAAAUGACAUAUUAAUAACAAUACAUGUGUAAUCUGUUAGAGGGUACAGCCCCGGCUACAAGAGGUACAACUGUACCUGUUUCAGUGUAGGAAGGCAUUAGAUGAUUUCCACCUUCUUGUUCUUUCUUUCUAUGUUAUUUGGGGCUGUGAUAAAUCUUUGAUGUUACUGCAUGAAGCGUUCGAUUCAUACCUCGCUCCUUGGGACCAAUCGGUAGUGGGCUCAGGGCUCAAGAUAUUCAAAUUAUCAGACAUGAAAAAUCGUUUCAUGACCCCCCCGAACGAUCGAUGUUUGUCACUUAAAUUAUCCGAGCUUUUUCAUGUAGUGCCACUGCACCUGUAUUUCUCAUUAGAAGUGAAGACAUUUUUAAUGGUUGUUUGUUCCAGUAUAUUCUCAUUGAUUGUGGAUGUUUUCAGUUUAAAAGAAGUGUAAAUUAUAAAGAAUUUUGCACCAAAACCCCCAUAAUUUUGGAUUUAGACAGAUAAACAUAUAGGUUCUCUGCCACUGUCAUAUCAACUUAGGUAAGUGGCUACCUUUUGUUUAGAUUUUUAAUAAAAAACAAAAAAGUAUAGUUAUUAAAAUACAUGUAUAGAACUAUAAAACCUAAAUUAUUGUAAUCUCAACAUCCAGGGGAAGGAAAAACAUUAAAACUGAAUAUGAUUAAUUUUUUUAAAUACAACAGUUGUAGUAAAUCCUCUAGCAGAAAAAAAAGAAAAAAGGGUUUCAUAUCCUUUCAGAGAACGUAAACAUGAAAAAGUGAAGAGAAAGUGACAAAACAUUUUGUCAAAGGCAUCAAUGAAAGUGUGUUUUUAAGAGGAAUUGACGCGACGUAGUUUCGUGAAUCUCACUGUGCUGCUUUGUCCCAUUUUGACUGUACAUACUGCAUGUACUCAACAGAACUGUAGGACUUUUUUUUGUUUAAUCUGAAGCUGAAUACUUUUGUACUGUUCUCAAGAGCUUUGGAGUUCUUUGUCUUUUAAUUUUCAAUAAAUCUUUCUUUGAUUCAGG